CUUGACACAAUCUUUGACUGAAAUUGAGUUUAAAGGAUAUAGUAUCCAAUGGAAUUCUUCAAAUGUCGAGAUGUCCGUUGAAAAGGGCCAGAGAAGCGAAAUAAACCCGAAGUAGUAGCCACUACGGCAAAAAAUCCCGACUAACGUAGUCAGAUUUCACGCUUCGGCUGGAUGCAAGCGACGUACAUGCGCAUUGUCUCAUUUUGGGGGAAAUUUACUUGCGGCAGCCGUAUAAGAGCCAGCCAUAGCGAUUUGCUUAAACUCCCUAUUGUUUAGGGUCAGGGUUUGAGAUAAUUCAAAAUCAAAACAGAAGGCCAAAAACAUAAACAGAAAACCCUACCGUUAAGUUAGAAAACUCAAAUCAAAAUUAUCGCUUAUCCUGGGUUACCUUAAUCGGGUUUUAAACAAAGCGGCCCAGUAGCUCCGCUUUAGGCUUGGCUAAAUCUAUAUAUUGGUGUCAGAUGUGAGCAAAAGAACUGGGAACGAAUGAGAAAUCUCCGAGGAAGGCUGGAUCGAGUAGUGACUGAAGGCGCUCAAAUUACAAAAUGGAGAAAAUGUCGGAUGAAUCAGAACCUUCUUUUACGAUUGUAAACAAACAACUUCAGGACGUAAUACGGUUUCAGCACACAGCUAUGGCCAGAAUGAAAGCCAAGAUGUCAAGGACAGAUGAUCGAGUUCCAUGUGAAGAGUAUGAGAAGUUGGUCAGGGAACUUGAGGAAGAAAAACUUGAACAUGUGAGAACAAAAGCAAAACUUGCUAGUGAGAGUGAAAGAUUGCAGUUUGCAUUGGGAGAAAUAGACAUUCUAAACAAGCAGCUACAGAGGGAAAAGUUAUCAUUUGAAAAUGCGUAUGGCCAGGCCAAAAACAAAGCCCUGGAAGAAAGCCAGGAGAAGAAACAGUUCCAAACAAAGUGCCAAGCAAUGGAAGAACUCUGUACUAAACAAGAUGAUAUUUUAACAACAAAAGAUGCAAAAAUAAAGGAAUUGAAACUUCGCCUGCUGCGCCAGAAGCAAUUUCACCAACAACAACUGUCUGACUUGGACAUUCAUCGGCAGCAAGAACAAUAUAUCAAUUAUACAACACAGAAAUCUCAAGAGAACAAUAAAAAGACUCGUCAGAAACGUGUUUCCUUCAGAUGACCCAUGCCUACAUCUAGACAUUUAUACACCAGUCAUCUUUAUAUUUAAAUUAAAUGAAUCAUUUUAAUUAUUAAUUAUUAAUUUAUAACAAUCUUUGUUACUCAAUGAAGAAGGUUUUUCACCAGGAUGGUUUUUUACCAGGAUGGAAAUCCCAGAGAAAUGGUCGGAGUAGUGCUGAAGAAUAAAAUUAAUGUGUUGAGGAGAUGCUAAGGAUUUUAUUGGGUCAGUAUGUUUAGAGAAGCUAUGGUAUGUCACAUGGUUAUAAGGUAAUUUUGAAGGAAUGCAUCUUGAACAGUGAGGCUUUUUUGGGGAGGGGGUAGGGGGUAGGGGUUACUAGGGUGGUUUGGAAAUCAAAAAAUUGUAACAAUCAUCCAUACUUCCACACUGCCCUGAUCCUGUGAGUAUCUCCCAGGGAUGUCAAUUGUAUGUUUACUUGGGGUGACUAUGACCCAAAAGGUUUGUCAUGUCUGGCUAACAGCCAUAUCAUUUAAUUGAAACCUGUCAAGGUAUAUGAAUGUACAGCACUGUGGAACCUCGAUUUAACGAAGUCGUUGGGGACCGGCCAAAUUUGUUUGUUAAAUCAAGGGUUCGUUAUAUCGAAAACCUCAAUAUAACAAAUUUGAGGGGAAACAACCAACAAUGUUCGUUAUAUCAAGGUCAUAGUUAAUGAUUGAUUUGUAACACAGGUGACUUCUGUCAUGCAAUUCAAUGCAAUUUACGUCACCCAGAAGUACCCCAGAUGCAACUCAUUAACCAUGGUGGCUUUCAGUAUCAAUUAUUUUCACUUUUGAGUAGACGUGCAGCUUUUGUUUACAAAAGAACGACACU